AAGCCAGCGUUGGCUUGUUGUGUUUGUCACCAUGUUGGCCCAAUGUUUGGUGUUGGCUUUAGCAGUGUUCAGGGUGCAAGGUGCCAUGAUGAAUAUGAGCUGUCCUGAUGUGACUCCAAGGGAAUUGGAUUGGAAAGCGCUGGACGGCAUCUGGUACCUCACAGCCAUUGCCACCGAAGACAUGGUGGUCCAAGGCGACUGCGCCACCGUCCUAUUCGACCAUCAGAAUACCACCGACGUCUCCAUCAGUUGGAUCACCAACAAUACUGUGACGUAUUACAACGGGUCUGUUGCUCUGAUACCGGAUCCCAACAGCAAUAGUACUGGGGAUCUAUUGCUUGUUACUUAUGAUGAUGACAAGACUGAGACCUACUCGUUCUUGGACGUGAAUUACGAACACUAUGCCGUCAUCUUCGCUUGCUACAAUAAUGACGAUGGAAACAGCAGUACUUAUGAAAUAUGGAAGCUAACCCGUACGCCGCAUCUGAAAGACACAGACGCCGAAAAACUCGACAAGGCAAUUGCAAACUACAGCCUACAGGACACACAGUUUUUCACCUUUAACAACACAGAGGAUACUUGCAGGGUUAACAGUGGACAUCAGCUUGACACUUCAACCCUUGUGAUGACGUCUGCAGCUGCGCUUGCGCUCUUUAGAAGGUUUUACUAAUAUGACGUAUAGGCCCGAGGUCCCCGACAACAUAAACAUUCGUUGCCCUUAAAACAACUGUUUACUUUGAAAACGGAACUGACUGGGUUGAGGAGGUCAGAUCAGAGCUGAACCCGGUUAGACUGGAAGCCGACCCCAACGUAGUUGGGAAAAGGCUCGGGAGAUGAUGAUGACUUUGAAAACGGAACGAAAAAAUUCAUAGUUGCCAGUUGUUUUAAGAAAACUUACGUUUAUAUGUCGGCGAACUUGGCCAAUAAUAUGACAGAUGUUGUUUUGAUUUUGGAAUAAGCCGAUAAAAAAAUGUGAUAUUCUUUUGAUGAAGGUGCGUUUUGGAAGCGAGUUGUCUUCUGCAACUGCCGACCGCACGUGCCCCAGUUGCACCACUGAUUUGUAUGUAUUUGUAAGCGGUCAGCAGUUUGCAGUCGGCGGCUCGCUUCCAAAACGUACCUUAAUGGAACGCGGAUUUAUUUGAAAUAUAUACGGACUUUUCCCUGUUCAACAGGAGAAAAUUUAAAAA